AUGAACCAUAGAGACAUCGAAAGCGUGGUACGAGUGGCUGCCGAGCCGUUGCCCCCACUCUCGGGCAAGACAAUCCAGGAAAUCGAGGACGAGUACAAGGACGGCCCGGCGUUGGCCAAGAACAUCCGGAACAACCCCAACGACUUCACGAGCAAGUUCCUGCUCGACCAUGUGGAAUUCGUGCGACUCACACGAGGCAAGGUGCGGACGCUCCACAACUUGGGGCGCAGCGGGGAGUCGCGGCGGUACGGGCCGCUCAAGCGGCGGGAGAAGAAGGAGCGGAUGAAGAGCGCGAAGUCGGGCAAGAGCGCGAAGACGAAGGCCGCGGGGAAGACGCGGGAGGCGCGGUCCGCGAAGACGGCGAAGACGGCGAAGGCGCGGCCAGCGAGCAAGGGCGCGCGCGCCGCGCGCCGCGCGCGCGGGACCGCGGGGGCGGAGGACAGCGCGGCAGUGGAGGGCGCGGAGGCGGCGGAGGGCGCCGGGGUGGAGGCUGAGCCUAGCGCGGAGCUGGAACUUGCCGCGGAGCCGGAGCUUGCCGCGGAGCCGGAGCUUGCCGCGGAGCCGGAGCUUGCCACGGAGCCGGAGCCUGCCAUGGAACCGGAGCAUGUCGCGGAGAAGGCGGCGGGCGGUGCGGACGCGCUCUGCGUAGCGUCGGCGGCGCCCGAGGACGAUGACGACUUUCGGUCUGUGGCGGAGGCGGCGGUGCUCAGCGCGUCCUCAGCGACGGGUGCGCCGUCGUCGUGCGUGGAAAAAGACGACGAGGACGACUUCAAGUCGAUUAUUGACGUGGACGUGCAGCAGGGCAGCUCGCACGCCGCGGAAGAUAUCGUUGUUGACGUGGAUGUGACGCAGUUCCGCGCCAAGUCGGAGCGUGGGUUGAAUCCGAUCCCGGAGAAAGACGAGGACAGCGAAAGCGGGGCGCACGAGCACGCCUCCCAGCAUGCGGAGCACUCGUCGGAGUCUGCGAAGGACGACAAGAGCGCUGCAGCGUUGUCUGCGAAGGAAAGCGCGGGCAUCGCGUCGCCAGCGCCGAGCGGGGACGACAACAAAACGGCCAAGCCUUCGAAUGCAGCCACGGGGGACGCCAGCACCGCCCCCUACUGGGGAAGUGCUGUUCCGGGUUACGAGAGCGCGGCUCCCGAGUACGAGAGCGCGGCGCCUGCAUACGAGAGCGCGGCGCCGGAAGGCCCAAGCCCUCUUCCUUCUGCAUCUGAGCUCACCACGUGCGGGGCCAAGAGCUCCACCGUUGUCGACGCAGGCGGCGACAGCGCGAAGACGGAGGUCAGGGGCCCCACUGUCGGCGGCAGCGAUGCCUCCGAGGCGAAAAGCACCUGCGGCGCAGCCACAGCGACUACGACGACUGCAGCGGGUUCUGCAACCGCAGGGCUUGAUCUUAAGACGGAGGCUGGAUCUGCGUGUGAGCCCAGCGCAACCGUCUCCGCAAUUGCAUUUGGGAACCAGCAGAGCCCGGCAGGAUCGGUGCUCACGAGCACGGCUAACGAAACCGAGGGAGCCAACUCUGCGCAUACGGAUGCUGUGAGCACGAUCAAGGCUGACGACGCGAGCGGCAGCAUCGAAACGAAGCUACAUUCUGCAGACGUGCCUGUACAGUCCCCAGCACUUGACGGGUCUAAGGCUGACUCAAUUCCCGGGACGGCGAGCCCUGGUAAUGUCAGCCCGGUAAAGAUUGGUGGCAACACCGCUGCUGGUUCAGCGGUUGCCACUGAAUCCGACGUCGUGGUAUCUACCGACGCUGGUAGUGGCGCUAGUAGUCCUGGGAAAACAGAGCUUGAGGCUGGUGUUAGCGGUGCUUCUAGCCCUCUCAGAACAAGCCCUCUCGCACGGUCGGCUACCAAUGGCGCUUUACCCAUCAACGAAGCCGUUCUUCCUCCAACGGGAGGGAAGGAUGCCCAGCAUUGUGGGACUGCUUCUUCCAGCAAGGUUGGAACGGCGCCAAUUAGCACCACUUCCGAAGCUCCUAGUGGGAAGGCAGCGACCACCGGUAAGUCAACUACCAGCAAGAAGAAGAAGUCCGAUAAGAAAUCAAAGAAGGCAAACCAGUCGCCAAUCUCGAUCUUGUCGUUGGGUCAGGGAACUGCAAAGUCCACGGAUAAGUCCGCGGAUAAACCCGCGGAUAAGCCCGUGGACAACAAGCCUCUAACUCCGGUACAGCCUUCCAAUGACGCUCCGGAACCUGCUGCAAAUCCGCAGGUAGGAGAAGCACAGGCUAAUGGUGAACCUUUGUUGGUGAACUUUAUGAUUCAUGGCAUUGGCGGCAACGUCAAACACUUUGAGCCGUUGAUGUAUAUGUUGGAUAUACUAGGCGAGAAGUACUUGGCGUUCGACCUUCCAGGCUUUGGCGAAAGUGACCAUUGGGCCGAUGGCUACCCUAUGAUGGAGGUGGUUGAGUCGAUUAAGGAGCUUCUAGAUAUCAUGGUCCUACGGCCCAACCAUAAUAAUGUCCGUGUGAGGUUCUUUGGGCACUCGAUGGGCUGCAUCUUGCUUUUGCAUUUAGCCUUCAGAUACGGCGUCAACAAUUUGAACGCAGAAAAGAUCAUUCUAUUGGCGCCGCCGCCACCUAGAACUCUCAAAUCAAAGUUGGAUAUCGUCGAGCCAUAUCUAAACCUUUCACUAACAUUCUUCAAGCCCUUCUUGAUCAUGCUUCUCAAAUUCAUAAGGACCAAUUUCGACCAGAUGAAGGGCUUGAACAGCUCCGGAAUUAAGUUCUUUUUCUCCAACAUGGGGAACAAGUACAGGAAGCUAAAUCACUUCUACGACGGUGUAGCAGUUUCGACCAAAUCCAUCACUGAGUAUCUUCUAGGCUGGCAAGACCUAAUUAACGGCCCACCUUUGCUCGACAGCGGGUGCACAGGGCAUGUCUUGGUCGGCAGUGAAGAUAAGGUGUGUCCAGCUAAUGCCACGCACUACCCUGACUAUAGCUUCAGAGUAGUUGUCAACACCGGGCAUAACAUGUUUUAUGACGGUGCCAGCGAAGCAUUAUUUGAAGUGUACAAGUUGAUCUACCAAUGA